CCUCUCGCACCCCCGCCCUCUCCGCCCCGCCUCCCCCCCUUCUUCCCUAGACCUCCUUCCCCCCUCGCCUAGGAGAGAGAGAGAGACACCCCCGCCGUCUCCCGCGCCGGUCGCCCCUACCCCGCCUUCUUUUUUUUUUUUCUCGUCCCGCGUCCCCUCCCUCGAGAGCGCUCGCCAGCCACCCGAUCCAAGAUGGGCCUUCGCAUUCGCCUCAUCCGCCGCGGCGUCAUCCACCGGCCGACCUAUCGCAUUGUCUGCGCCAACCGCCACUCGCGCCUGAGCAGCAAGUACCUUGAAGUGAUUGGUCACUAUUCGCCCGUCCCCAACAAGGAGGGUGUCAAGCGUGUCAUGCUCAAGGAGGAGCGCAUCCGCUACUGGCUUGCUGUCGGUGCCCAGCCCUCCGAUCGUGCUGCCUGGCUCCUCGGCAAGGCGGGUAUCCUGCCGCCCUGGCGCCCGCGCAUGCCCGCCCCGGUCAAGUCCCCCCUGAUGCAGGGCCGCGAGCAGGCCCAGGCCCGCCAGUGUCUCGCCACCCUCGGCAUGCCUGUGACCACGGACUCGGUGGCACGGUUCCGCGCGCGCCCUGGCGCUGCGGCCGCCAUGCUCGCGGCUGCCGACCAGCGCAACGCCGGCCAGGAGGUCGACGUCAACCCGCUGGCCGUCCUGCUGGGCUACCAGUCGGUGCAGCAUGCGCACGACGCCUACCGGGGCAACCCCUCCUUCGUUUCCCUGGAGUCCCUGCUGCUGGCCAAGGAGCAGCUCGAGGCCGCCGAGGCCGCCAUGAACGCCGAUGCCGCCGACGAUGCCGCUGACAUUGAGCUCGAGAAUGAUGACUCGGCCCUGGCCGUGGAGAUUGACGGUGCCGAGGAGGCCGCCUUCCUCGAGGAGGUUGGUGUCGACGCGGAGACCGCCGCCAAGGGCGAUGACUCCGAGGACAGCGAUGCCUCUUUCAGCGACUUCUGAGAGAGAGAGAGAGAGAACCCGAGGGCCGCGUGCCUCCACCGACCCGGCGCACCUCCCUCUUAGACCCCAAGGUGCCGGUGUCUCUUGGCAGAAUCCAUCCCUCCUCCUUGAUGACUCAAUGGUGCGCGCAUGCACAUGUGGCCUGCCUCUGUCCGGGGGUGGCUCCAACGAAUGCCGCCCAUGUGACACUCCCCCUUGUUGUCCCCCUGUGCGCGGCCUUCGACUGACCGCCGUGCUCCCACCUGGUCUCCCCUCGCUUGCUGACCCUGGAUCAUGCGGGGCCUCGCUUUCCCCAGGUAGACGCCCUUUCCUUCCCCCCUGUACUUGUUGACUUGCCCCGCUGGGGGCGGCACCUCCGCCGCCCCCUCCCCUCCGCUCCGCUCCCCUGUCUAUCUCUCCAUAUCUACCUCUCCCCUGUGCGGUGGAACAAAAGACACGCACAUUCACAUGCACCUCCCUUUUCCUCCUCCAAGAAAUAAAAUAUCGUCAUUUUACCA